ACCCGCCUUCCCUUUCUCGGGCUCUGCGGCGAGCGCCAGUGUCUCAGCUCCUCCGCCGCGUCGUGGGCGCGCCUCCCCGCGCCCUCCUUGUCAGCCCGGCGGUGGGGCCAUGGGGUGGCGGCGGCGGCCAGAGGCCAGAGGCUGGGCCCGCGAGGCGCUGGCGUUGUUGGCGCUGGUCCUGUGCGCGCCCGGGGCCCGGAGCCGGGCCCUCGAGUGGUACUCGGCCGUGGUGAGCACCGAGUACAUGGACCCACAGACGAACCGGACCGUGUGGAGCGUCUCGGAGAGCGGCCGCUUCGGCGACAGCUCACCCAAGGAGGACGCGCAGGGCCUGGUGGGCGUCCCUCGCCCGUCCGAUCACGACCCUGAGGGCUGCGCGCCCGACACGCGCUUCCUCGUGCCCGGCUGGCGGGCCGCGCCCUGGGUCGCCCUGGUGGCGCGCGGGGGCUGCACCUUCAAGGACAAGGUGUUGGUGGCGGCGCGGAGGAACGCCUCGGCCGUAGUCCUCUAUAACGAGGAGCGCCACGGGAACCUCACGGCGCCCAUGUCCCACGCGGGAACAGGAAAUAUAGUAGUCAUUAUGGUUAGUUACCCAAAAGGAAGAGAAAUUGUGGAUCUUGUGCAAAAUGGAAUUCCAGUCAAAAUGACCAUAGGGGUUGGCACCCGUCACGUCCAAGAGUUCAUCAGCAGUCAGUCUGUGGUGUUUGUGGCCAUCGCCUUCAUCACCAUGAUGAUUAUUUCAUUAGCUUGGCUAAUAUUUUACUAUAUACAGCGUUUCCUAUAUACGGGUUCACAGUUUGGAAGUCAGAGCCAUAGAAAAGAAACUAAGAAAGUUAUUGGCCAACUUCCACUUCAUACUGUAAAGCAUGGAGAAAAGGGAAUUGAUGUUGAUGCUGAAAAUUGUGCAGUGUGUAUUGAAAACUUUAAAGUAAAGGAUGUUAUCAGAAUUCUGCCAUGCAGGCAUAUUUUUCAUAGAAUAUGCAUUGACCCAUGGCUUUUGGAUCACCGCACGUGUCCAAUGUGUAAACUUGAUGUCAUCAAAGCCCUGGGAUAUUGGCAAGCUUUGUCCAAGAAUGCUGUCUAAGGUGUUAGAUCUGAACUUGGCUCUGGCGAGACAGAGAUGAGUAAGACACAGCGCCCCCACUCAUGGGCUCUCGGGGAUUCCACUCCUGGACUUGUGGGGUGCCAGGGUAUACACCCAAACACAGCAUGGCAAUAAGGUGUGUUUGGAGCACCGUGGGAGUGCAGAGGAAGGACUUUACUCUGCCAAGUGGAGUGGGAAGGUAAAGAGAGUCAUUUUCCAAGGGAGUCUGAGCUGGGUGUCCAAGGAUUUGUCAGACACAUGAGUAUCUUGCAGAUUGGUGGGGACUUCACAGGGGUCUGAACGUGUAGGAUUGGAGACUGGCAGGUACUUAAGUUGGGAGGGUAUUCAGAUAAAUACCUGGAAAAACAGAUGAUGGCGCCUCAGUGAGAUUUGUGGCUUGGUGUGUCAGGAGUCGAGUUCUGAGGGUGUUGAGUUACUAGUGACAGGAAGGUGGUGUGCCAUAUGGUAUUGGCAGGAGGUGGGUGGAGACCUCAGGGAGACGACAGUGGGAGCAGCAGGCUAAAGUUGCUCUUGGCCCUGAGAGCCCAGAGAGGGCAUGUGGGAUGGGCAGCAUUUUCAUUUGAAGCAGAGGUGGCAGUCCGAGCCAAGGCUCACCAUGAACCCACAGUGAGGUCACCUGAGCAGUGGUUUCCCCCUGUCUACAACACAGCUCUGCCUCUGGCGUUCAUCAGAAGAGGUAUCCAGGGUCUUCAGCUGUUCAGACUCAAUGUAGUAGCACUUAGCGGCUCAGCUGCACUUUCACAGCCUUUUCUUCUUCUUUAAAGCAGCAAAUGGACGUUAGAGGCAAACAGGCAGCUGACAGACACUCUCUAAGGAAGGAAGCAGAGAUUAUUUUUGAGUGAACAAAAUAGUUUUGAGGCCCUUUGUUGUGCAGAAACCUUGUUAAUUUGCAAAAGUCUAGCAUCUAGCUGUAAAACCAAGUGGAGUGGGAAGGUAGACGCAGUUAGGGUAGAGUGUGGUUAGACACAGUAAUUCAGGCUCAUGGCUGGACAGGGAGUGAGCAGCAGACGGCCAGGCUCAGGAAGGCAGGAUGGUGUGUUUGUGACAAAGCUUCUCUUUCUGUCAGUAAUUUAAAUGGGGACUGCUUGUAUCAAGGGGGAAAAGUGGGUUUUGGAAUAAAAACAUUUAGGUCUUGGAAAAGCUGCUUGUUGAGAAGUAAUUCAUUUUCUGAAAUGCCAAGUGAAGAUACUGGUAUACUCUUUACUCCAUUUCAUGUAUAAAAAGAAAUGUUUGUAAGCAAAAGAUGAUGGAGGUAAGCUUUGACCAUGUAUUUAGAAAAGGCAUUUUCUUUUGUUCUGCCUCUCACGGGAGAGCUUGAGGAUGUGCAGGAGACACCCCCACCAGAACCUGCCCCUGGUACUGUGGCUGCGAACCUGAUUACUUUACAAGGCGAUGACAGGCGUGAUGGGAAUGGUUCACCAUCGUUGUCCCAUGAAUCGGUGCCUCAGGGUGAAGCCAUCUUCAAGGAAGAUUCAGGAGAAAACACAGCCUUACUAG